UACAUAGCGCGUCUCUCGAGGUUUUAGUCUCGCGCGCGCGUUCCUGCGGUCAGAGCGGUUAGAGAGCUGUUCUCGUGUUUUGCACAAAAUUGUACAGGAAAGAAAAACACUUCAUUUCCAAAAAACAACGCUGCGUAGAAACAUUGUUUGUGGUACCAGACCGGAAUCAAAUCUUAAGUAACUAGUUUGCGUGAAUUAGUAGGAAGUUCAACGAAAUAUUUCUUGUGCGUUCUUAUUUGAAGCUCCCACACCAUGGCCGAUGAAGCGCAACCACCGAAUGGUACGGACGUCGUAGACAAGAUGACCGUAGAGGUGGCUGAAAUGGCACUCGACGCUAAACAGGCUGCCGGCGGCCAACCGGGUGCAGCAGAACCGGCAAAGCCGUCCGAAAAGGAAACGAACGGUUCGGCGACACCAGCCAAGCCCGUCUGUUCCGCGGCCUUUAAGGAACAGUUUAAAGCGUUCUCAAAGUUUGGUGAUACAAAGUCGGAUGGAAAACAUCUAACGCUUUCGCAAAGCGACAAGUGGAUGAAGCAAGCGAAGGUUAUUGAUAAGAAGAUAACGACCACCGAUACGGGAAUACACUUCAAGAAGCUAAAAUCGAUGAAGCUGACGUACGAAGACUACAACAAAUUUCUGGACGAUCUGGCAAAAACGAAGAAAGUCGAGCUGGAUGAAAUCAAAAGCAAAAUGGCAAACUGUGGCGCUCCCGGAGUGCAUAAUGCAACGCCAGGAAAAGCGGCCGAAACUGUGGCUCGCCUUACGGACACGUCCAAGUACACCGGUUCGCACAAGCAACGGUUCGACGAAACUGGCAAGGGCAAGGGUAUUGCCGGCCGAAAGGAUAUGGUCGACCAGUCCGGCUAUGUGUCCGGAUAUGGGCACAAAAACACCUACGACAAAACUCACUGAGUGAAAGAGAGCAACGGUGCAUAAAAUCUAACCCAAGCUGAAACGGAAACAUUUAAAACUGCGCGCUUCGUAACGUACAUUUUCGAAACGGUAAUUUCAUGCGAUGCGAUUCCACCACGUGUGAGAUUGGUUAGUUGCUGACCAUACGCCUUUAUGUAUCCCUGUGUCCCAGUGCAAAAACAAAUCAACCUGUAUUACAAAUCAACAACAAAAAUCGAGAGAAUCAAAAUCAAACCCAUCCUGACUGUAGCGCCAUUCUCAUUAUUAACGUAGCUUGUUAUUGAGGAUUGUUUUAGUUACAUUUUUACACGUACACGAUUGUUUGCUGUUUGUGUGGAUGUUGGGCUUACUUUCUACACGUCUUCUACACAUAGUGUUAUUUGUCUAGUCCUUAAAGGUAUGUUCAUUAGUAUAAGCUAAAAUGCAUCCAUUUGUUUCAAUUCGGAUAAGGGAAAAGUUCGCGCCCGAUAGCACGAUAGACAAUUUCUGUAUUUGUGUGUUUUUUCCAUCAACGAACGUAUGUUUUGUCGGAAUUUUAAUCUCAACGCUAAGCAGUAUGAUUCACCAUUGAUUCACCAACAACUUAUACAUAUUUACUGUGUCAUGUAUAACACACCACAAUCUUCGAACGAACCGUUGAUAAUAAGCGAUUAAUAUACAAAAUUGAAUACAGUUCAUCCGA